UGCACGGGUUGUCUUUGGUACGCGAUGGCGGAGCAUAUUGACUGUAGUGAUUUUAUGGAAGAAAAUAUACAAAAAUUUAAUAAUGAAAGGCGGAGUAGCAAACAAUGGGUCAAACUUAACGUUGGUGGAACAUAUUUUUUAACUACAAAAACAACUCUAUGUAGGGAUCCUAAUUCAUUUUUGUAUCGAUUAGUUCAAGAGGAUAGUGACUUGAUAUCAGACAGGGAUGAGACUGGCGCUUAUUUAAUAGAUAGAGACCCGACAUAUUUUUCACCUGUCCUCAAUUAUCUUCGCCACGGUAAAUUGGUGAUUAACAAUGAUAUUGCUGAAGAAGGGGUUCUCGAAGAAGCAGAAUUCUACAACAUUACGGAACUUAUAAGAUUAGUUAAAGAGAGAAUAUGUCUCAGAGAGAGAAGACCUUUGAAAGAUUCCAAGAAACAUGUAUACAGAGUUCUGCAGUUUCAUGAAGAGGAGCUGACACAGAUGGUUUCCACAAUGUCAGAUGGUUGGAAAUUUGAACAACUAAUCAAUAUUGGUUCACAGUAUAACUAUGGCAAUGAUGAACAUGCAGAGUUCCUUUGUGUGGUUAGUCGUGAAUGUGGUAGUACACUCAACAGUAAUGACAUUGAGUCAACAGAUCGUGCAAAAGUGUUGCAGCAAAAAGGCUCACGAAUGUGAGCUCUGAUUUUACUUUUGUUUAUUUUUUUG